CAGCCUGAGUGCGCUCUCGGCACUGCUGCUCUCCAUCCAUCUAUCUCAUGUCUUUUAUUCUCUCUUUCUCUAUCCAUCACUUCCCCUGAUUUUUACUCUCUCUCCUCUGUACACUUCCUGUUUUCUCUUUUCGUCUCUACCUCAGGUUCUUUUUCCUCUCCCCUCUCUAUAUCAUCACUAAACCCACUCUUCUCCUCUCCACACACACUCUUGAGCCUGAGUGUGCAGCACCUGUGCAGACUGGAGUUUGUCGGGCCGAGGCAGAAGGUUUUUUUUAAUUCUUAUUUUUGUGUCUGUGCAUCAGAGGAGGGAGGGGAGACAACACCCAGGAACACCUGAUCAACAUUUCAUCAAGAUAUGAGGAGACUUAGGAACUGAUCUCCUCCUUCAGCUUUUCCCAAGCUGUUUGUUUUAUCUGUUUUUCAUUGCAACACCUGGAAUGCUUAACGUGGACUGAUGGAUGUUUCCGAACUGUGCAUCCCUGACCCUCUCUGCUACCACAACCAGUUGCUACCCAGAAUGCCCUCUGAGGACCGACACCUAUCCUCAAGCUGUGGUUCUUACGUCAAAACCGAGCCCUCCAGUCCCUCCUCCUCACUAGUCGACACCGGCAGCCACCACAGUCCCAGCGGCAACUCUGACGCCAGCGGCGGCUACGUCAACGGCAGCGGUGGGCGUUCGCACACCCUGGACUCCCCACCAAUGUUCAACCCAAGCAUGCUCGGGGGUGGUGGCGCCUGCUUACGCCGCUACGAGGAGUGCUCCGGCAGCAUGGUGGAUGACUCGCCAAUCAAGUGCGAGUACAUGCUCAAUGCCAUUCCCAAGAGGCUGUGCCUGGUGUGUGGCGACAUUGCCUCAGGGUACCACUAUGGGGUGGCCUCCUGUGAGGCCUGCAAAGCCUUUUUCAAAAGGACAAUACAAGGAAAUAUUGAGUACAGUUGUCCGGCCACCAAUGAGUGUGAAAUCACCAAAAGGAGACGCAAGUCAUGCCAGGCCUGCCGCUUCAUGAAAUGUCUUAAAGUCGGCAUGUUGAAAGAAGGUGUACGUCUGGACCGGGUGAGAGGGGGGCGACAGAAGUACAAACGGAGGUUGGACGCAGAGAACAGCGCCUACCUCGGCCUCACCAUCCCCCCUCCAGCCAAAAAACCACUGACAAAGAUUGUUUCCCAUCUGCUGGUGGUGGAGCCAGAGAAGAUCUAUGCCAUGCCUGACCCCACCAUGCCUGACGGCGACAUCAAGGCCCUGACCACGCUGUGCGACCUGGCCGACCGCGAGCUGGUGGUCAUCAUCGGCUGGGCCAAACAUAUCCCAGGUUUUUCCACUCUCUCGCUGGCAGACCAGAUGAGUCUACUGCAGAGCGCCUGGAUGGAGAUCCUGGUGCUGAGCAUCGUGUUUCGCUCACUGCCCUGCGAGGAUGAGAUUGUGUACGCCGAGGACUACAUGGUGGACGAGGAGCAGGCGAGAAUCUCGGGCUUGCUGGACCUGCACGUCGCCAUCCUGCCGCUGGUCAGACGCUACAAGAAGCUGCGCAUGGAGAAGGAGGAGUUUGUCACACUCAAAGCCAUCGCCCUCGCCAACUCAGACUCCAUGCACAUAGAGAACAUCGAGGCCGUCCAAAGGCUCCAGGAUUCUCUCCAUGAGGCCCUGCAGGACUUUGAGGGCUCCCAGCACCCAGAGGACCCCAGGCGAGCGGGCAAGCUCCUAAUGACCCUGCCCCUGCUCCGUCAGACCGCCACCAAGGCAGUGCAGCACUUCUACAGCAUCAAAAUGCAGGGCAAAGUCCCCAUGCACAAACUAUUCCUGGAGAUGUUGGAAGCCAAGGCUUGACACCCGGGGCACGGACGUUUGACAGACAGCUGCAUCACCCAAUGCAGGGGUGAGAGACAGCCCAUAAAAAUAAAGGCAGCGUGCCAAUUGACAGUGAAGGGACAAAGCUUUGGACUACUGAGUCAUUUUAACACUUUUAAAUGGUAAUAAACAUAAAAGAAAAGGAACUUGAGAUGGUUUAAAAAGGGGGUGAAUAUCAACCUGAUUGAUGUGGGAUCAUGAUAAUGUAUAUACAUGUUGUGUACAGAAAUCAGGCAACUGAGGUCUUGUUAUAACCAGAGACCCAUUGCUCUAUAUCACCUGAAGCUUCUGUGAAUUUGUUUCUUAUCUUAUUUUCAUCUCAAAAUGGAAGUGUGUUAAUAUAAAUGUCCUAAAGAACUGUGCGGCCACAGAGCCACAUUAUGUGUUUUUGUUUCCUCCUUUGAUAUUUUCUAAUCUCAGUUGUUAAAGCAAUAGUCUCUAACUGGUCUACAUAUAAUAUGUGUACUGUAUAUUGUGUGAAAUUGCACUGGGUGGGGGCGGGAGGUGGGGGGAGAAUUGUUAGACAUAUUCUUAUAUUCGUCAUCAAAGAAAGUGCCACCCAUCACGACGGGUGUGUAAGAUUCUCAACUUCCUCGUAAUAUAUUUACCUCGUAGUAGCUUCAUCGACUCAGUGGUUAUAGUCAACUUGGUGCUUACAGAAGGACAGUGGUUGGCUAGUGAUCAUAGUUCACACAGAGUUUGCACUAAGCAUCUAUGAAAAACGUGGCAAUAAUGGGUAUUGUACUGGCAGCGUCUCGACUGAACCCCCUCCUCACUCCUCACCUCUCUGUGUGUUCAGUGUCAUACAGAAAUAUUGGCAACUAAACAAACUGUGAAACCUACACAUGAUAAGCUAAACUCUGUGCAGAGAAUGUUUAAACUAAACUGUGUGGCUGGUAAAGGUUUAUUUGAUGUAAAUACAGACAAAGGGCACAAUAUCAGCAACAUCUAUGCAAUUGAAUGCAAUCUAAUACACUCUUUAACGCAACCCGAUAGCCCUGCAAUAAAUACAACCUUUGUGAUGAUUGUAAUGUUCAGUUUGUGUCACAUAGGUGCUGAUUCAACUCUGUGGUCAUUUUUGAGUCUAUAGGUUGUGAUGGUGCUGUAUUAGAUUGCAAUAUAUUGUAUAGGUUUUGCUUUUUCUUGUGUCCACCCCCCCCCACCCCCCACCCCUGUUUAGGGCGUAUUCUCAAACAAGUGUCACUAUAUUCACAGCGUUGGUUCACAUCAGCCCUCAGUCGUACAUGAUACCAAAGUCUGUGUGCUCGACUCAACAUAUCUGAACUUCUCUUCUGAAUAUCUUUGGGUUUUGGUCUGUUGUCAGACAAAACAUUUGUCAAUUAUUUGAGGACGUGACCUCAGGCUGUGGGAAAUUAUAACAGACAUUUUUCACUCUUUUUUUAAAGAUUUAAAGACAAAACACGUAGUCAGUUAAUCAAAAAAAUAAUCAGUGGAUUAAUCAAUGAUAAAAAUAGCCGUAAUUCCUCAUGGUUUCUCCUGUUUUAGACAAUUUGCCAAAUUUGAAACAAAUUUUCCAAACUAUGUUGGCAAUGCUUCAACUUGUAUUGACCUGUGAGUACAUACGAUGACCACAGCUGAUGCUUGGGAAGUAAUAUUUGUCCUUGAGAAAUUAUUUUCCCCUCAACCCUUGAGAUCUGUCUAAGUUUCAAGGUGGCUAGUUCAAAUGAAAAUAAUGAUUUUUAUGACUGAGGAUGUUCAGUCUCUUUUUCUCUGAUCGUCUGAAUUUAAGGUGGCAGCCUCUUAACAGAUGACUAGUUUAAAUGUUUAUGUGCAACGAUAUAGUGACACUUCUGUUUCUGAGAAUAACUUGAACUGUCCUCUGAACUAAAACUCAACAUCAGUAAUAGCAGAACGUAUCAGACCUCAGAUUAUGGCUCACUGAUGUUCUGGAUCAGUUUUUUAGCUCGUCUUUAAUGAAGGUGCUGACUCUGUACUCUGUGUACAUUUCUACAAACACUGACACACUGAGGUGCACAAGCUAAGUUAAUAAAUCUGUAUAUUCCAGAAGUGAUAGUAAACUUUUAGAGCGUAAUAUAUAUCAAUAGUAAACCAGUUGCCAAAUUAUUCAAAGAAAGCAAUCAGAGUAAUGUGACACAGUUAUCGACAUAUUUCUUCCUGUCCUGAUAACCUGAGCAGGAUGGACAGAACAAGUUAUCAUAAGAUCAGAAUAAUACAAUAAUAGAUUAAUCAGCUGCUCUUAGGAUUUUAGUGACACAAACAUCAUAAGAACACUUAAAAGCGAUUGUGUCUUUAAAGUGUCAAGUGCCAUUAGCUUCUGCCCAAACAGGAAGAAAACAGGAAGCCAAGCAACCAGUAACUACAGACAAUCCCCACAGGAACCGAUGCUAUUGAUUCACUGUAAUGUAAUGCAUAGAUAAUUAUAACCCAGUACAGUAGAGAAUACAAUUCCCAUGAUGCACUUCCCCAAAUGUAUAACCAGCUAAUUCAUCCCCAAUUGAAAUUAGGGAUGUGUCACCUCCGUACCGUACAGUAGCAAACCAAAGUGUAAGGAAACAUUGAUAAACUGCAUUUUGAGCCAGCCUGUUUCCACAUAGAUAUGGAUGUUAUUUACAGUAUUUUAUUAAUAGUAAUACCUUCAUUCUGCUGAGUAUCCAGCUGUGUUUCACCAAGCUCCAUCUCUUCAUGUUGUGAAAGUAUUAAUGAACAUGUUGUGGCCAAAAACUUGACCAAAACAGACAAAGCGACCCUCUCCCUCAGACUCUGAUCAGAGUUCAGUCACAUACCUCCUCUGUGCACUUUGAAGACUGAUGGCAGAUAAUUGUUUCCCAACUUUCCCAUCGCCCAAAUUAAUAUAAGAAAAUAAAAAGAAAAAAUGCCUAAUUUAUUAUCAGAGUUCUAAAACGGUUCUACUAUAUCCAAUUAAUUCUAAUUGUCUCCUAAGCUGAAAUUCUCAAUAGAAAUGGAGCAAUUAAAUUUCUGCUUUGGCUCUACCUUGGGGACAAGAGACAUUUUAUUUCGGUUGACAGCGGGGAGGGUUUGUCUAAACCUUUACAAAGGCGAUUUCAUGGGUGUCUGUAAUAGUUUUCAUAACGGAGCGAUCACUGGGCUAUGCAAGGCAAAUAUGGCCACCUAUGUUCCUCGUGUUGUGGAGCAUCAGAGUGACAUUUAGUUGUGCUUUGUUUACAGCGUGGACAAACUGUACAGUGCUGUACACGGCAAAUGUAUUGUGCAUAUUUCACCAUACUAUACUGUAGCUGCUGUGCAUUAAUAUAGCAAUGACCAUUUGUUUAAUUUGCCCAUUUAAUUAUUUUUUUUAUGAUGUAUUAGCAACUUCAACACAUAUUUAAAGCCCACCUGAAAAGCUGUAUGAUACAAAUCACUGCAUUGAGUCAACUCAAGUGAGAAUAAGUCCAUUAUAUUCAAUAUUCUAUUAUUUUAUUUUUGUUUUCUGUGUCUUUGUGUCUCCGAAACACACACAGUCUGUGUUAUCAUCGAUUUUGGUUAUCAGCACAGCAGGACAUAUAGCGAGUGAAGUCAUCGAGACCCUAUACCUCAAUUCAUAUUUUGAAAAUUACACUGGGUUUGGAAGCGGGCCAUGGGUUCCUCCUGGGAAUCAGUGGCACAGAAAUAAAGUGACAUCACUGACUGGGUAUUAAAAAAAAUGUAGAUGAACCUACUGCAAUUGGGGAACACAUUCCUCGGAGGAGAAAGCUGCUUAUUCGCUGUUCCAUUUGCGAACUUAUCUUAUCUCCAUGCACUCUGAGAUGACGAGAUUUACAUAAAACAUGGAGGAACCUCCCUGGCCGUUCUGGUCCGCGGUGUAUAAAGGACCAUGCUAGGUGUAUGUACCAUAGACAUGUGAUUACCCAAGAGGUUUACUCCCCUCAAAAGCAAUAUGUUAGCAAUUGUGAUAUAUGAAUCAAGUUAAAAGAAAGCUUUGGUUCAUCUUAAUUAUAAACUUACCCUAUGUUCAGCAAAAGGCAGGGUAACUAUGCACACACGUUCACAGAGCUGGGAAGACAAAAAAGGGAAAAAUGUGAAAAAUGUCAGAGCCGAGAAGCAAAAAGCCAACCACAGCUGGGUUUCACUGGACAGUAUUGUGUGGCAUUUUCUUGUGUUUUGUUUGUUGUGUUCAUGCCUACUGUACCUAUGUGUAAAUAUAUGCUUUUUUUGGAGUGAGUCCGAUCUAACAGUGCACUGAAUGUACAGUGACAAUAAAAUCACAUGGUUUAUGUAAA